CAGUAAACAGGUCUGUCAGUGUAACUCAGGUAAAGCAUUAUAGCUGCUCUGGACAGAUGGCGAAUUCACAGCAAACGUUUAAACCCACCAACUUUGUGCAUCAAGAUGAAAUAUGGAAAGCACAUAUAAAAAUUGAAAAGGACUCUGGUGAAUCCUGGCCCAACAACUGGGGCUUCUUGACUGUAGCCUACAAGGAGUAUGAGAUGAAAAGUGUGAAGCUGAAGGAGGCGCUCAAAACGAUGCUCCCCCCUGACCAGACGAUUCGACCUCUGACCCCUCCACAAAAGAAUAUCCAUGUUGGCUCUUCUCCUGCUGUCCCAGUGACCACUCAGGCUUUUAUUGGAUGGCGUUCUGGAUCGUCACACCUUCAGAUGGAAAAGUACAGCACCGUGCAUCAUGGGAAGCGUAGUUUUUUGAAGGAUUUGGGUUGGCCUCCAGAUGCUUGCAGCUAAGCGGGAGUCCUCGUCCCAGUUGCCAGAUUUUCUCACUGAGUCUGUAUUACAGUAAAUAAUGUGAGGAACACCGCUGAUGUUGUGGGUCCAUCCAGGUAUGGCAUGACAUUAAAACAUACUUUCAAACAAAA